AUGGCGACGAGAAAGAGAAAGCAGGAUGAGGAGCUCGUGGCUCUGCCUAGUGACGAGAGCGAGGAGGAGGAGGAGUAUGAGGACUCGGAUGCCGAGGAAGGCGCCCCAGCUGCUGAUUCCGACGAUGAUGAGGAUGAGGACGAAGAGGAUGAUGAAGACGCCGAAGAAGAGAAUGGAAAGGUUGAAGCAGCACCUCAACCAGCCAAGAAGAAGCGUAAAACCGGUCCUGUCUCUGCCGACAAGAUCCCCGCCGACGAGGACGAAGUCGAGGAAGUCGAGCCUCAAGAGGAUGGCAUAGAUGACGAGGAUGAUUCCGCUGAUGAUGAUGAGGUCGCGGCUACAGGUCCAGCUUCCAAGGCGAAGCAAGUCAAGGGAGGUGUCGUCCCGGCCGACGACGAUCUCGAGGAGGUUGAUGAAGUCGUUGCUGCUGACGAGGAGGACGAUGAUUAG